AUGUCUUUCAUGGGACCGGAUUUCGAUGGUGUCGUUCAGACCCUGGAAGCCUACCGCACUAACGAGAAAGAAAAUGAACCUGGCGCAAGUCCCGGAGUUGGUUUUUCGGGAAACACACAGAAACAGAACCGCGGUGAGCCGCUGAAUUUGUUGCUUGCACCACCGCUGCAGGAGCGCUCGGAAGCGCUCGCUCAGCUGGCUCGUGGCCUAGAGAGCAGCAUACCAGAAUCACUCCAUGAUCAAGAAAUUUUUCUGGUGCUGCUCGCAGAACAUGGGCCCGAACAGAUAGGAAACCCUUCUAGAUUAGGAAUUUGUAUGCAACCCUUGACUUGCGCAGGACUUGGGUUUCAGCGGGAGCUUUUCCCGCAACGAAGGGACCUGACUGGUUUCCCGACACUGGACAGCAUUAGACGACAACUCGUGACCAUGCAUUAUGUACCAUAUCUGCUUGAUUCAGCAGGGCGUCUGCAGCACUAUCGGACCGCUGUUCAACGUGAGCAUCGUCCAGUGGUUGCCUCUCAGAUAGCACUUGUGGCUGCUCUGUUACUUGAGGCCGGCCUAAAGCAGGCUCUGGGGAUAGCUGCGGCUCUCCUGGAACGAGCUGAAGCGCAGGAUCGUCGAAUCACUGAGCUCGAGCACGAGUGUACCGAAGCAAGCGUCGAGCGUGUAUUUCGAGAGCAGCUUUGCUCAGGUUCAGAAUCCAUCACAGACAGCGCUGAUCUAGAAAGGAUGACGACAGCGGCGCUUGCUUUGCACACAGGGGCUCCGAAAGUUCCAGAAAAAGACCAGAGCACUUCAGAGGGGUCCAACUGCUCGACACGCGUGGACGGCUUUCGGAUCAAGCAGCUUUUACGACCUCCGGCCGUCUCCAGGGAUGCGAAACCAGAUCCUAGCGCCCUGGAUGGGAGCACGGAUCAGGAGUUCAUCACGGCGAUCAUGAAAGACUUAGAUGAUGUGCAUCCAUUGUCAAACUGCGAAAAAGAGAACGGGCAGGACGCAUCUCAUUGGACGAACUCGUUUCACGCGGAUGCUGAGAUAUGCGAUCAAGUUGGAGACUCGGCUCGUAGCCAGCCGUCAUCCGGCGGUAUCCCGGAAGCGCACACGCUCGAUGCAGCCAAGGGCACGAAAGACGCAACUCAGAUACCCACCACAAGUCUGCAGCAUGCCUCGAUCGGGUGCCUGCAGGCAAUGUCAACGCCACGCGCUGAUACGGACGAAUCCCUCGGGCAGCCGCACAAAGCGGCGCUCGCUCAUGCGUCCGCCGGAGCGCUUGCUGCGUGGCCUCCGGUCUCUGUCCAGGAGGAAACCUCUUCCAUAGAUGCUACAGAGGCACAAACUCAAGCGCUCUAUAAGCAGAUUCACAAUUUGCAAGAAGCUCUAAUAACGUCGAGACGGCAAUACGUUGAACUGCGAGAGCAACUCGUCGAUAAGAUGAAAGAGGUCCGUGAAAUCGCUCAGGUACUUGGAGAGUACCGUGCGUCUCGGGAGAGCCUCAACGAGCGCGAAUCAGCGAUGAGCCGUCUUUUGAGUUCGAUGGAAGCUCAUUGUGAACAGCAACAGAAAAUAAUACGGAUGCUGCAAUCGUCCUAUGUGGAGGCGGAAAUGCGGGCUCAACAGGUAGACACCCUUCGCGCUGCCAAUGAGGAACUUUCAACGCACCUACUCUGUAUGCAAGCUCGCUUCCUGGAGCGCGACGAACGCAUUGCAGAGCUCGAGAAGGCGCUAUGGACGACGAGGCAGCGGGUCGGAAAGGCGGUGCCUGUUGAUCCGGACGGCUCGAACUCUUUCGUUACGGAUCAGUCGAGCUCGCGUUCUGAGAGCGCAGACGCCCCAGACCUCAGCCAGUCUAAUUCACGAGAUUGGCCCGCGGUUUGCACACAUCGGAGCAUACGCCGUGGGCAUAAUCGUCCCGAGCUAUUGCCAUCUGUGGAAAGCCGGCAUCAGUUGCCGCUGCUGGGCAAACAGGAUCACGAACAGCACGUACGCGUUCUUCCGCCUAUGUGGCUCCUGUUCUACAUAUCCUGGGCUUUUUACGCAAACCACUAUUACAGCCUAUGGUUACGGCUGCAGCAGUGCCUCGUGCGCGAGGCACAGCAGCGUACAAAGGCCACCAAAUGUAUCGUUGCUCUUUCACGACAAAGGACUGGGCUUGUUGAACGAUUAGAGCGCCUCUCCUGGGAAGCCAAGGCAGCCGAGUACAAAAACGCGCAGCUCCAUGCCCAGCUACACGAACACAAAGCACAGUUGUAUCGAGUGAAACGUCUUCACCAGCAAAGCCUUUGGCACUGGCUGGGUCGUCUCGCCCCGUCAUGUGUCUCCGACGCAAAACCGUCGAGAAUCCCGCCUAGAGAGCUGCACAUCCUCCGUAGCAUGUCAGCGAGCGCGCCCUGUGAAGCACACGCGUCCACUGACGGCCUCGCAUCCAAAGCGCGACAUGUGCGCCCAUGCCGCUACCGUUCGCGGCACGCACGUGCGUCGGGGUCGGAACGAUAA